CCCCAUCCUUUUCUGCCUGUACCAUGUUUCAUGACUAAAGACUUGGGGGUACCCCCCCCAAUGUGCCCAACUCCCUGGAACAUUAUCCCCCCCCCCCCACACAUCAUUAUUGGGGUCCCUCAGUGUUCUGUACUGUAGGUGGCAGCACUGUGCCUCUCAGGCCAAUCAUACCCCUUACCUAUGAUCCCUGCACAACUGCACUGUGAUUGGACAGGGAGCAGUUACUGCCAGUCACAUUGCCCAAUCACAGUGCAGAGAGGGGAGAGGCACAAGAGAGCAGUACAUGGAUCAUACCACACAGAGAUGGCACAGGGGGAGACUGACACUCACCGCUUCUCUGCAUGGCUUCCUAUUGUAAGGCUGGUUUCAAGUGCUCUUUACUGCCCCCUAGCCCUAACAUAAGGCUACUGCAUAACGGAACACCCACCCCCAGUUCUGCACCAUUAACCCCACAAUGUACAGUCCCCUGCAAUAAUCAGGGAGACAGGUGGGGUCAGUAUCUCAAACAACCUUCCUAUCACCCCCAUCCUAUUAGCCCUUUACAGCAGCAUUAAUGUCCCUUCCUAUAAGCCCCUUACAAUACAGGCUCCCCCUGCUGGCACCUAAAGCUCAGCGCAGCGCUAAGUCUCCACAGAGGUGCGUCUAUUUGGCCAGUAGGAUCCCCAACCUGUCACUCACACAUCACGUGACACCGUCUCUGUCUCUCAAACUCAAUGCGAGCUGUACCGCCCCCUGUGCCCCCUUCCCUUCAGUUGGCUGCAAGGGCCAUCAAUCAAACGGCGAGGUCAGGUUAUGUCACUCAGUACAGUACCCAGAAUCCCCCCUCCCCUCGCACUGUAGCGCGAAUACAACUUUCUGUCCCUUCCAGGCACCUGUAACCGCUGCCAAGCUCCUUUCCCCGCAUCUGCCGCACCCUCUCUUCCUAUUGGCUGCCACUUUCAGUAGCGUCGAUGUAGAGGAGGGGCAACCAGUGAUUGGUUCACACAGGAGGGAGGGCGGUGCAGAGAUGCCGUUUGCCUGAAGGAGGAAGGGAGGAGUUAAGGGCUGUAGGAGUGAGGGACCCACAGGAAGACUGUAUAUAAAUGUACCAGUGAGAGGGAGUCUGGAGUUUCCUCACAGCCUGGGUAUCUCGCUGGGGCAAUUCCUCCAUUUCUGGGAACAUUUUUGUGUCUUUUUAGCCUCCCCCCAUUCCUGUGGGACUUCAUCUAUUUCUGUUUUCCCAGCAUCCUCUGCUCCCGGGGAGCUUGCUGUUUGGCUAUUGUUAACUGCCUCUAUUCCUGGGCAACUUACACUCAGGGAAGAGAUCAGGAAGGGCUCCUAUUGCCCCAGAGCUGCAGUGAGCCAGAAGGGCAGAAUGGAAGCCGGGGAGCCCCAGGACUGUACCUCCUGGUUACCUGAUGAGUUGGCAUUGCGCAUCCUCUCGUACCUUGAUGCCAAGGAUAUCCUGCAGGUGGCGCAGACUUGCCAGCGCUGGAGAGAGUUGGCACAAUAUGAUUCUCUAUGGUGUGAAAAGUGCAAGGCUGAUGGGAUUGAGGAGCCGCCGCAGGUAACAAGGAGCAGGGCUAAAGGGUUAAGAUCCGGUCCCUGGAGAAGCGCUUACACCAAUCAGCUCAGGAUUGAUAAUAACUGGCUCCGUCGGAGAUGUAAAACUAUAAAACUGGAUAUUUAUUCCUAUAAUCUUAAUUUUUCGCACUGGACCUUUGAUGGGAAGGAAAUGGUUUGUAUUGGAAUUAGAGAUAAAAUAAAGAUCUUUUCGGCAGUUACAGGCAAGUGGCUAAGGAGCCUUGUGGGACACACAAAUAGCAUCUGCGCAAUGAGAAUGAGAGAUCACAUGAUUGUUAGCGGAUCUAAGGAUCGGACAGUAAAAGUAUGGAAUGCAGAGAGCGGGGAAUGUAUCCACACGCUGGGCGGCCAUACUGGCGCUGUGUGCUGUGUAAAUCUCCAUGAGAAAUGGGCAGCGAGUGGGUCAUGUGACGGCACCAUCAGAAUCUGGGACACUGAGACAGGGCGGUGCCUAUACAACCUAACGCUGCACCAUCAGAAUAUUGUAUAUGUUCAGUACGACGGCCAAAGGGUGUUGAGUGUAGAUGACUAUUCCAUGGUGAAAAUCUGGGAGCAGAAGACACAGAGCUGUUUGCUUAUGUUCCCAAGUCCCAUUUACAACAUCCGCCACUUAGAGCUGAGUGGGAGGCGGCUAUUAGUGGUCACCAGGAAUGGGGCAAUAACCGUGUGGGACACUGACACCGGAGAGUGCAUCCAAACAGUAACGGACCUGCAGAACUACAUAGCCGCAGUGUCUGUGAAGGCCAAUAUGCUCGUCUCUAAACUUAAGGGCCUACGUGCCACUUUCAAAGAUAUUAAAAAUAAAGAUAAUUUAGAGAUAUUGACAGAUUCAGAGAGAUUUCGGCGCUAUAUGGAGAACUUGCGACUUCGCAGAAAGUUUGAGACAAACAUCUCCGGGUUUGGGCCGGUGCCGCUCUGGGACAUGAAAUCAAACAUUGCUAUGUAUAAAGUGACCAUAAAUAAUAACUUUGUAUUCGAGUUCCUGGUGUCGCCUACAAAACUUGUCUGUUUGAUUGUGGGGGGGUAUAGGCAACAGGAGGUGCUGGUUCUGGACUUUAUUAAACGGAAGAAAAAGCGAUAAAUCCGUGACUGGGCCGUUUGUUUCACAACGUGUCAGUCUCACUUUAAAACGUUUUGGUCCUGGGUUGGAAUUGCUGCUUUUCCCAUUCCAGUUCAGCUACACGGACGCUGUAAUAGUAUCAUACCCACAUAAAUUGGAAUUCGGGACAA